CAGCCAGCAAGCAACAACCUUACAUUGACAAUCAUAAGUCUAUUGGUAUUUUCACUCUUUCUGUAACUGAGCUAAUGGUCGUACCUUGCUGCAGGAGCCAGUGUGACGACAGGUCACACACCAUCACCAGAAAGUUGUCCUUUUCGUGGCCAAGAGGUUUUCGUCACCGGUGUUCCUGCUACUCGGGUAAGUUGGGCAAUUUUGCGAGGUUUUCGAGGUCUUUGUGAAAUUGUUCGAAGGAACCGAGUAAGUUCCGACUGAUAAUAGGGCAGCAUGAACUCGCAUCCUGUACCGCCGUUUAUAUAUCCAGCAAACUUGAACCAGCUUGCACAAGCUUGUACCCGCAAUACGCCAUGGGCCUCCUGUACCUCGGAACACCCUUAACAUGGGAUGAAGCAAUGCAGUAUGCAGACCAUGUUCGAGAACAUGGUAUCACGCAGUUCCUCCAUACUUGGGAUCGAGUUAAGGACAGAUGGGGCGAUCAGUUACUGUGGGGAGACGAGGUGGAAUACAUGGUCGUUACCUUUGACGAUGAGGAGAAGAAUGCAAAACUUUCUCUCCGCCAGACCGAGAUCCUCGUAAAGCUUAAUCAAGUCGUAGGCGACCUCACCGACGACGAUACACCUGCGCACGUGACGGUUCCGGCUUUCCACCCAGAGUAUGGAAAAUACAUGCUGGAGUCGACUCCUGGCUCUCCAUACACGAGCUCUAUAUCGAGCUUGUUAUCCGUCGAGACAAAUAUGCAUUAUAGACGUACGCUCACAAGAAAGCACCUGAAGGCAAAUGAAAUCCCGUUUACCUUCACAUCUUUCCCUCGCCUUGGAACGCGCGGCGUCUUCACUGAACCUCAUCAUUCGUCAGAUGAUGCCAAGUCUAGUUACAGCCUCUUUUUAGCUGAGGAGAUUACGAGCCCUCACCCACGUUUUCCUAUCGUAGUAGCUAAUACCCGCAGUAGACGGGGCUCCAAGAUCGCAAUCAACCUUCCCAUAUUCAUUGACAAAAGAACACCUCGACCAUUUGUCGACCCCACUAUACCAUUGCAAUGUUACCCAGAAGAUCCAGAGGCGAAGAACGGUGUGGCAUUGAUCGAUCAUAUUUACAUGGACGCAUCGGGCUUCGGGUUUGGAUGUUGCUGUUUGCAGCUCACUUUCCAGAGUUGCAAUGUAGGUGAUGCAAGGCGCAUGUAUGACGCUCUUGUCCCCGUUGGGCCAAUUAUGCUUGCCUUGACAGCAGCUAGUCCUGCAUGGAGAGGUUACCUCGCUGAUGUAGAUUGCCGUUGGAAUGUCAUCGCCGGCAGCGCCGAUGAUCGCACACCAGAAGAACGCGGUUUGAAUCCCUCAAAAGACGACUACAUAAUUCCCAAGUCCCGCUAUGACAGCGUUGACCUCUAUAUCUCGAAUGAUUGGAUCAACAAACCCGAAUACAACGAUGUUCCUGCACCUUAUGAUAAAGGUAUCUUUCAACGUCUUUGCAAUCACGGCAUAGAUGAGAUGCUUGCCAAGCAUAUAGCACAUUUAUUCAUUCGAGAUCCUCUCGUUAUUUUAUCUGAAGCCAUUAAUCAAGAUGACACUACUAGCAAUCACCACUUCGAGAGUAUUCAAUCCACAAACUGGCAGACUGUUAGAUUCAAACCGCCCCCACCAAAUUCUCCCAUCGGCUGGCGUGUAGAGUUUCGUCCUAUGGAAGUGCAAAUGACCGACUUUGAGAACGCUGCAUUUGCUGUCUUCAUUGUCCUCCUUUCCCGCGCCAUCCUGGCAUUCAACCUUAAUUUCUAUAUUCCUAUUUCCAAGGUUGACCAGAACAUGGCCCGUGCGCAGAGGAGAGAUGCAGCUCGUUCCGUUCAUCUUCGUGCUGUGGAUCAUGUUCGCCUGCGAAAGUUGCUCCAGCGAAGGAGAAACUACUUCGCAAUUGUUUUUUCCACUGUUCCUCGACCGUUGUAUGUGAAAGAUGGACCGAUUGAAGAUGAGUAUGAGGAGAUGACUAUGGAAGAGAUUUUCGUUGGAAAGGGAUCCAAGUUCCCUGGUCUGCUUGGCGUUGUCAAGGCUUACCUCGACAUCUUAGACGUUGAUGAAGAAGACAGGCUGCAAAUAAGCAAAUACCUCGACCUUGUCCGCAGACGCGCAAUAGGCUCUUUACAGACACCCGCGACUUGGAUUCGUAAUUUCGUGCGCUCUCACCCAAGCUACAAUCACGACUCUGUUGUGAGCCAGGAAAUAAAUUACGACCUCAUGGUCGCUGUGGACGAGAUUGAACGUGGCGUGCGACGCGUCCCAGAGCUAUUACCAGAGGAUUACACGCCUACCAAGGGCUACCAUUCCAAGCCCAACGGUCCUUGACAUAUGGCGAUCUGCACUCUUUCUCUUGAUAUGUUGCUGAGAAUUGUAGAUCUAGAAAUCGUGACUUGUGCACAAAUCAUAUUACUGUCAUUCCUGUACCUUAGAAUGUUAGCUACUCUGUUACUACUCUUGCGCUAUCUGUUAUCUUGU